AUGCCUACUCAACCAACUUUCAACAGGUCAAUUCUGACAACUGUCAAUCAACCAGUCAACCAUAGGGCUACAGGUCAACAACCACCUCAACCCACCAUCAACAGGUCAAACCCUAUAAUUGCACAUAUGUCUACUCCACCAGUCAGGGAAAGGAAACCUUGUCAACAACCUCAACCGACCGUCAACAGGGCCCAUCAACCACCCUGUCCCAGGUCAACAAGACAGUCAACUAGUCAACAGAACUAUACCAUUCCAAGUAAUACAGCCGAACGACAAAACUUCAUCAGGGUGAUUGAUAAUCAACAACAUCAACCACCGAUCAGCCAACCUGUACCUAUACCACCUAUCAGCAGCCAAGUUCUAUCGACACAACAAUUUUUUAACAGACCAGGUCAACACCAACCUAACACCAACCAGUCAGGGUUUCAACAACCCCUCAUCAACACAAUUGGUCAACAGGGGCAGCCACCUCAGACCAUCCUGCACCAACAAGAAUUUUACAGACAACAGCCGGUGCGACAUCUCCACAAUGUUACUGCACCUCUACAUCAGCCUCAACAGCCAUUUGGAAAUAUACCAUAUCAACAAGGGAGGCCUGAUCAGCCUUCAACAACACAAAAUCUUGCUCAGGGAACAGCUCAAUCAUGUUAUUAUGGUGCAGCUCCACACUUGCCAGUGUACCCUCAACAACAACAACAACAGAUGUACAACAACCGACCAGAGGCUCAGUUUCAGGACCGAAGAAGUAUAUCUAGGGUUACAAGCUGCUCAAAUAGUGAUUCAGAUUCAUCUAGUACUACUCAGGGGUAG